AAGGCUUACAGUACAGUGUCGUCAGUGUUUAACCGGAAGUUAAAGCUGUCUGCCGUGUUCUUUCCCCUAAGUCUGUGAGCUAACACGGCGCCCCUUUUUACGUACACUGCGUUCUUCUCCCCUAGCAAGCGCCGGUGUGAGUGAAGGCUGCGCCCUCGCAAUGGAGCUUCGUGAAUCGCCGUUGUUCGUACCGGUUGUGUAAGCCGCCGGACUUUGUACUGUAGUCGGCUUUGGAGCCGCCAUCUCCGUCUCUGGCCACGGACGGGUUGCGCUAUGGCUACCUCGGGUGCCGUUAACCUUCUCCUGCGGGCCGCGGCCGCCUCCUGGCACCGGCUUCUCUCCACUUCCCGCGGCGUUGCAAGACCAGGUAGUCCCAGCCGGUUCUUCCAUGCUUCAGCUCCGGCUUGGCUCAGCUCAGAAGAUAAAAUUACUGUGCACUUUAUAACUCGUGAUGGUGAUAAACUAACAGCCCAGGGAAAAAUUGGAGACUCGCUUCUAGAUGUUGUGGUUGAUAACAAUCUAGACAUAGAUGGCUUUGGUGCAUGUGAAGGAACACUUGCUUGCUCUACAUGUCACUUAAUCUUUGAAGAUGACGUAUUUAAAAAACUAGAUGCGAUUACUGAUGAGGAGUUGGAUAUGCUGGACCUUGCCUAUGGAUUGACAGAAACGUCUCGACUGGGGUGCCAGAUCUGUUUGCAGAAAUCCAUGAACAAUAUGGUGGUCCGAGUCCCAGAAGCCACUGCUGAUGCCAGGCAAUCUGUAGACAUUGGCAAGAACCCUUAAAAAUAUGUAGUACGUCUGUUUGCAAAAGUGGAUUAUUUUUAUAACUUAUUUCUAUAUGUUUAAUGAUAAGUAAAAACAUACACAAAUAUGCAGUAACGUCGAGGCUGUCAGGAUGAGAUGGUCAUGUUUAAUUUUCUUUAUCAAAGUCAGCCGUAUGUUCUUGUCAUUCUGAAAUAGGCGGAUGCCUAGAAAUGAACUGUGGAAUGUCAUGCACAAUGCAGUGGUUUUUCUUAUAGAGGAAUACUGCCUUUUGUCCUUCAUUUUAAAUGUCAGAUGUUUUCUCACUGCUGAAGCAGUCAGUCUUUUUUAAAUAUAGUUUUAUUUCUUUCUUUUGAAGUUCUAAGGGGCUGCAAAUUCAGUGUCGGUAUACUUCAUACUGUGUUUGAGAUAAAUGGAAGUAGAAGCACUGAAAGGUGCUGUAAUCCACAUGAAUUUCAUCCCUUCGCUGGAUUGAUGGAGCCAGUGUCAUAGUAUUUGUUUGUCUCCGAUGAGAUUGGAGUCUCAUGAGAUUUGAGAGUUUGGAGUCAUUCCUAUAAUGCCAUGGUAUGACCCCCUUCUACAGUGUACUAUUUCAAGUGGGCAGCCUUGGUUUGACAUUGAAAACAUAUAUGUCUGUGCCCUCUGUAUGUGGUUCACUCUCAGUUGAUGUUUUGGUUGGGCAGUCAGCAGUAUGUAUGAACACAAGUCUUCCCACAAAUCAAGUCCUCUGAAAUGGAAGCCCUUUGGAAAAAAGAGUUCUGUGCGUAACGGUAUUAAGUGCUGAGUGCCUUUGCUACCUGUAGCAUUUAGAUAUACCUACCCAUAUAAAUUUUUAAAUGUAUUUUUAUUAAGCUCCAUAUUUCUAGCCAUCACAAAGAAAAAUAAUGCAACAGCGUCCUUAGUUCAAAAUGACUUCGCACAUUUUGUAAAAGCACACAUCAGUUUGGACUUGUUUAAAAAAAUAAAUGCUUUUGCCACAUGCAACACUUGCCUUAUUCCCAUUUCUCAAAUUCAGCAAAUCGCUGUUUGCUUUGGGUAUACCCUUCUGAAUUUGAACCUCCACCAUCUGUACGAUGGGGAACAGGGCUGGGGUCAUUAAAAAUAUUACAUACAAACACAUGUUAAUCAGUCCCCACCACCAUCACUCCAUCAAUUUGGAGAGCCAGUUUGGUUUAGUGGUUAAGUGUGUGGACUCUUAUCUGGGAGAACUGGGUUUGAUUCCCCACUCCUCCACUUGCACCUGCUAGCAUGGCCUUGGGUCAGCCAUAGCUCUGGCAGAGGUUGUCCUUGAAAGGGCAACUGCUGGAAGAGCCCUCUCCAGCCCCACCCACCUCAUGGGGUGUCUGUUGUGGGGGAGGAAGGUAAAGGAGAUUGUGAGCCGCUCUGAGACUCUUUGGAGUGGAGGGUGGGAUAUAAAUCCAAUAUCAUCUUCAUCAUCAUCAUGAAACCAACUGUAGUAGCAUUUAAUUCUAUCAUUCUUUAUGAUAGGAAGCUCAGUGAUCAAUCGCCUAUCAGAGAGGCAGUACAAAGGGAGCAUCUAAGGCCAGGUCAGGAUUUCUACAUACUUGAGGGAUUUCCUUAUACAGAGUUUUUUUUUUGUUUUUAAAAGACACCUCAAGUAGCCUGGUGAAGGCAGAAAUUCCUCCUUGCCCUCCUGGAGUCAUAAGCAUGCAAUUGCAUAUCUCUUGGAGAAGACCCAGAAGUGGGGGAGAAGGAGAAAGUGUCCCAUUCUGGCCUCUGACAAUAUCCUGGUGAGAUGGUCAAUCCCUCACCUGACUCUUCUGUGCCUCAUAGGGAGGGAGAGGCGAUAGCGAGAAAGCACCAGUGUGAGUAGUAGCAUUGUCAGACUAGGGUAGAUUUGGGUUCAUAAUUCCCACUCUGCUAUAAAACUCACUGAGUGGCCUUGGGCCAAUCAUGAGCUCUCAGUAUAACCUACUGCACAGGGUGGCCAUGAAGAUAAACCUGAAGAAAAAGACCACAUAUUCCACCCCGAGCAUAGAUAAAGUGCUACCUUUCCCAUUGCACCUGUUGGUUUGGGGGCAAGACACCCAAAUCCCUGCACUCCACAUUAGUGAUAGCUUAGGACUAGGUGAGAGGGAAUCUUCUUGUCUAUCUCCAGAACUCACUAUUUUUAACACUGCUUUUGUUGCAUGUGUCUAAAUUCCCAAUUAUUUUCUGAUCUCUUCCCGGCAGUUCCUUCCAGACCCUCAUCUUCUUCUAGCUAAACAUAAUGUUUAAUACUGGCAUUCAGCCAGUUCUCUUCUUUAGACUUUUUGAUCUUGUGAUUGUUUUUGCGUAAUGACUGGAUUUCCCUUAAAACUGUCACGAGAUCUGUACUUCCAGGACUGAUCUGUUGGGCGCUUCUUGAAGGCUUUGCCUUGCAGCUGUCAGCUUGUGCAACACACUGUUGUUCUGUUAAGGCCUUUUGCCCUUAAUCCUGUGCAGGAUAUUUUUUUUUAUUGGAUAGUGUCCUGUAUGAAAGAACACAGUUAUUGGUUAGUUUGCUGUGCCCCAGGGCACAUGAAAUUUAACAAGCGGAGGGAAGUUCGUUAAGAAAUGGUCCCCAAGAGUUUGCUGCCAAGUUCCUCCACUGAUUUGUGAGGACAGUGUGGUCAAAUACUGAAAAGCAAGUCACUGACUUAUCCUGCUUUCUUCUCUCCCUUAUUUGAUAUGAAGGGAGUUUUUAUAGCAGGAACUCAUUUGUAUAUUAGGCCACACCCCUUGAUGUAACCACUCCUCCAAGAGCUUACAGGGCUCUUACUACAGGGCCUACUGUAAGCUCCAGGAGGAUUGGCUACAUCGGGGUGAGGCCUAAUAUGCAAAGGAGUUCCUGCUACAAAAAAAGCCCUGUAUUAAAGUACUUGCUUUCUCCAGUGCCAGUCAAAGCAAUGUGCCCAGGUCCAGGGCAUGCUCUUUCAUUUCAUGCGUUCUUUUUGAACCACAAUUCUAUUGAUGUCUCAUUAAACCAAAUCAGUUGCAAAAUAACAUACAUAGGAAGUUUAAUAACAGGCAUUUUAGCAUGGUACCUUCCAGCAAAGUUGUCCUGGGCUUCCAUUUUUUAAAUUUGGGCACAGUACACUUUAUGUUAACCAGGUUCAUAAAGACCUUUCCAAGCUCAGUAGCUUUCCUGUAAAUGUUAGUGAUUCACCUACUUACGGAAGUCCGCACGGAUGUAUAUAUUUUUCAUUGUUAAAACAAAUCAGCAAAUAAAUCCUUUUAUAUUUUCUAAGAGCA